CUGGUAUGAGCCUCCUCUGUGCUGGAUGUGAUCAAUUACAGAAGCUGCUCAGUCUCCUUGACAGUAAACAAGACUUUGUUUAAUGCACUCUCAGAGCCUGUGAAAUCUUGCUUGAACUAGAAGGUCAGCCAGGCUCUGGCAGGUUGUGAACAAAGCAAACAAGCCAGUUCAAGGUGGUGACAGAGACCUGCUUGUUGUGAAAGUAAAGCUGCCUUUUUACCUUUUGACUUUGGGUUUUCUUUAAUCAUAAACAUUCAGAAAGUAUUUGUGCUUUUCCAUUAUGAGUAUGUGGUAGAUAUUAACGGAGCUAUUCUCAUCACAUGCCAGUAGGUGUGGAAAGUAAUGGAUUCCACUUCGUAGGUAGAAUCUUAAUUAUACUUAUUUUUUCCAGGGUCAGAGAGGAAGUGUAUAAGGCUUCUCUGCACACAGAGUUGGCUUGAGUAUUGUCCUUUGUGUGUAGUGGCUGAGUAUACAAAGUGGUAGCUUAAGUUAGCGCAGCUUGCUGGUUUUGUGGUAGUAGAGCUCCUGCUAUUCUAGUUAACUUAAAUCAAAAAGAUUCUUCAAAUUGAAAUACACUCCACAGCAGAGAGGGAAGCAAAGUUUGGAUCCUUCUUCAGUUCCUAAUUCCGUACAAGAAAUGUGUAAGCGUGCUACUGGAAGUAAGGAUAUACAAUGCUACAAGCUAGCUUGCUAAUAUCCCUUUUAAACUGAUGCUACUUCUGAUUGUCUUAAAUAGCUUGUAAAUCUCUCGUGCAGCAUAUAAAGGUAUGGAAUCAUUGCACUUUUUAACUUUCUUUAGACCAGAAUGUACAACUACUCUGUCUUGUUGCUCUGUAAGAUCAGAAUACAGCAUCAACAUAUGUGAUCACAGGAAGAAUUUGCUGUGUUGUCUGAUUUUGGGAAGAUGACGUAGCCGUAAAAGAGCUUAAAAGCAGUACCGGUGUCACACUGACAGUGGGCUUUUGGGGUAGUUUGAUUUCUGGUGCAUUUCUGGUCCUUGUUAACUCAUCAAGAAAAAUGAAAACUCUUACUUCCUAUUAUGGAAGCGCUGAAAAAUGACUCGCAAAUUUUCCAUGAUCUUUGACUUUGCAGAUGAUAACCAUGUAAUUCUCAUUGAUGAUGCAGAUAAAUAUAAUAAAUUCCCAUUUAAAUGGGAAUAUGAAAUUCUAUGCUGAAGUGGCCAUCCUGUUUUACUGCAUUGAUGUUUCUUGGUUGUUUCAAAAUUUCAGUCAUGUCCACAUCAGAAAACUUCGCAUAAGUUUUUUCUAAUCCCUUCAGCUGAUGCAGGACAUUUUUAUUUACUCCUCUGUUUAACAGGGCUCAGACCAUCAUGAAAGCUCGUUUGAAAGGAGCCCAAACAGGUCGUAACCUCUUGAAGAAAAAAUCUGAUGCUUUGACGCUUCGGUUCAGGCAGAUCCUCAAGAAAAUUAUUGAGACUAAGAUGCUGAUGGGUGAGGUGAUGAGAGAAGCUGCCUUUUCACUUGCUGAGGCAAAGUUUACAGCAGGAGAUUUCAGUACCACUGUGAUCCAAAACGUGAACAAAGCUCAAGUCAAGAUCAGAGUUAAAAAAGACAAUGUAGCAGGUGUAACCUUGCCAGUUUUUGAGCAUUACCAGGAAGGAGGGGACAGCUAUGAACUGACUGGCUUAGCCAGAGGUGGAGAACAGCUGGCUAAGCUGAAGAGGAACUAUGCCAAAGCUGUGGAGCUGCUUGUGGAACUGGCCUCCUUACAGACAUCCUUUGUUACUUUGGAUGAAGCCAUUAAAAUAACAAACAGACGAGUGAAUGCAAUUGAACACGUGAUUAUUCCCAGGAUCGAGCAUACUCUUUCUUACAUCGUUACAGAACUGGAUGAACGAGAACGAGAGGAAUUCUACAGGUUAAAGAAAAUCCAGGAAAAGAAAAAAGUAUUGAAAGAAAAAUCUGAGAAAGAUCGGGAGCUGUGGAGGGCUGCUGGUGGGGAACGUGAACCAGCCAAUCUCUUAGCAGAAGAGAAGGAUGAAGACCUUCUCUUUGAGUAACCCAGCACAGUUGUAUAUGGAGCCAGGGACCCAGAAUACAGAAUGUCCAUUUGCAAUAUCAUUCAGGACAUGUUGCCUCAAUGAUACUUAUGUGGCUUCUCCGUUGGUGUGUAAGUCUUGAGUUGAAUGGACUGUGGAUUUCUCCUGGGAGAUUAGAAAUCUGGGAACUUGACUGCAGCAUAGGAGGAAAAGGAGGUAUGAUUCAGGUGCUUUACUAUCAGGAAAGCUUUCUAUUGCAUGUUCAGCCUGUUUCUUCACUUAGUAGGAGUGACUGUCCAUAGCUGUGGUUUUUGCCUCAUCAGAUUCCUCUUUAAUUGCUCCCCUGCCUAGUGCAAGCAGAGGAAAAUGUUAUUUAGGGAGGGAGAUGCAUGUAAUUACUGCUGAACUGCUAAUGAUGUUCAAGUUGCUUAAAGCAGGUCUUGGCACAGCUGAAGUCAAAUGUCAGUAAAGGCAACUCCAGUUUUCUAACGUGUUGAUGAAAUCCACAGUCUUCUGUGAUUUAUUUCUGUUGCACGAUUGUUACCAUUGGCCUAAAACAUCUAUGGUUUUAAUUAGAGGUUCUGCCAACUUGUGUACUGUCUGUGCUAAAAACAAGUAAAAAUUUUAGGUGUUAAGUAUCUGGUGUCUGGCUCAAUUUGCUAGGUGGUGCUGGUCUUAACAGCUUGUCAUGUUGAUUUAAAAAUAAAACCUUCACUUCAUCCCAUACCCCCAACUUAGAAUCUGCACUGGCACAUCUAUUUUCAGCCUGUGCCCAUGUUGACUUAACCUUUACUGCUUUGGGUAAGUAAUCAAGGAGAAGCGGCUCCCUCCUGACACAAACACCCAGCUACGUGUUGCUCCAGAUCUUCAUUGCAACCAGUAGGAUGGCCAGCAAAGCAGGGCUGAAUGUACAGUAGUCCCUCCUUGCUGUGAUUCUCCAUGUCCUUUGCUGAUUAGGGGUGCCUAGGAGAGUGGCUGAUAAGAGAGGCCAUCACUGAAUGCUGCUCAGUCUGAAGCGCUGUUUUCCUAAAGACAUUGGUUCGCAAUUGGCAAACUGAACACACACCAUAGCAGUAAUACUAGUAUGUUGUCUCUAGUACUACUAGUCUCUUCAAGGUAAGCAUCUUGUUUUAAACAUGAUCCAGCACUUAACUGCAGAUGCAGGGUAAGUGCAAGGAAAUUAAUUCCUAUUAAGACCUUUAAAAAGUAAUUUUAUAAUUGUAUGAAACACAAGGCCAUUUCUUUUCUCUUCUGAAGCUGAAGGCAGCACAGCUGAAUAGUAAGUCCAUACUCUGUUGUAAGAUACAGGUUCAGCUUGAAAGAGACAUCUGUAGAUCUGAGGACAUGUGGUUACCUCUCCCACUGGACGCAUGGUGUCAGAAGGAACAGAGAACAUCCUCUACGGUGCUGAUGGGUCACAGCAUCUUUCACACAUUCAGCAAAAUGGCAGAAAGAAGACUCCCAAG